AGUGGCAAAGAGAAAAUGGGAUUGACUGUUCCUGGCAGCAAUGGCUGCCUUUCGAUUUACCCACUUGAAAAAAAUGAUGGGUUUUUGCUCAAAAAGAGAUCUUUUGUCAAUCUCAUGUUCUCCAAGAACAAGAAGUUGAAGAUGGAUAGAAUCAAAUGCCAAGGUACUGGGGAAAGUACUACAGACAAUAAGGUCUUAUUGAGGUACAAGAGCAAAGUAGAAGAUUACAACACAGCUAUGAAGAGGAUGAUGAGGAAUCCAUACGAGUAUCAUCAUGAUCUUGGCAUGAACUACACUCUUAUAACCGAUAAUUUGAUCGUGGGUUCCCAGCCUCAGAAACCUGAAGAUAUAGAUCAUCUGAAACAGGAAGAGAAUGUGGCAUAUAUUCUGAACCUACAACAGGAUAACGAUGUUGAGUAUUGGGGUAUUGACUUGCAGUCUAUCAUCAAGAGAUGUGCAGAACUUGGAAUCCGCCAUAUGAGAAGGCCUGCGAGAGACUUUGAUCCGGAUUCAUUGAGGAGUCAAUUACCUAAAGCCGUUUCAUCGUUGGAGUGGGCAAUAUCUGAGGGAAAAGGCAGAGUUUAUGUGCACUGUACUGCUGGAUUGGGAAGGGCACCUGCUCUUGCAAUUGCUUACAUGUUCUGGUUUUGUGGCAUGAAUCUUAAUACAGCAUAUGAUACUUUAACUUCGAGGAGACCGUGUGGACCUAAUAAGAGAGCUAUCCGUGCAGCUACUUACGAUUUGGCUAAGAAUGAUCCAUGGAAGGUACCAUUUGAGGAUCUUCCAGAGCAUGCUUUUGAAGAUAUAGCCGAUUGGGAGAGGAAUCUGAUUCAAGAACGCGUACGUUCCUUACGUGGAACUUAAGAAUAUCAGCUUCUUUGGUCUGCAUUUCUACAGAAGUUGGAAACAAAAUAAAGCAACUUUGGCUGAGUAUGAGAAUAAUGAGGAUACAAAUUCGCCGAAAUGCUCCAAUCUAGAACUGGUGAGGAAAGAACAAAUUAUUGUGCAACUAUUGAAGGAAAAUUUUCUCAUUCAAUAUUUAUAACUAGAAGUAUGUACGAGUGGCCAUGUAUUGGCCCUAUCGGUACCAUUGAAUUUGCUCAAAAAGAAUAGCUCACCAUUCCUCCAAAUUUCACUUGUAUUGUUUCUUACAGCAAAACCAAAACUUCAAGUUGUUUUUCUGCGGCUUUCAAGAGGUGGAAACAGCCUGAAACUUAGCUAAUUUGUUUUCGCUGUUGUCCCAAAUGAAAUGCGGUGACUAUCCACAAAUUCCUCAACACAUACAGGAAGAGCAUAGAGAGAGACUCUUGAAGUUUCCCUAGGAAGUGUGCUAGAAAGAAAUUUGUACAGUCCUGCCGCUGUAGCAUCAUCAAGUCGUUUAACGAUACAUCUAUACAUAGACGCAUUGCCAUAUGUUUAGAUUAGCCAUAA